UUUGAGUCAAAUAGUAUGAUGCUAUCUUCACCCCCACCUAAUCCUCCUCCUGUCCUGUAAAAUACUGGAUGGCGAUGCAGCAGAGCGGCAGCGAUAAGCAUUCCAGAGCUUCCGGCCGGAGCGCCAUGGCUUCCGCGCAGUGUUUCCUCUGCCUCACCGUCCUUCUUGCUGGGACGGCGGCGACCGCUAAGGCUGAGCGCUCGGAGUGCCUGGACAACCCACCGGACAUGUCUCAGCGUGGUGGCGAGGCCGGUGUGAUCGUCAACGACCUCCCAGGAGGCUUCAAGGGCUACGUCACCGGCGCCGCAAGCUCAAGCCGCGCCAUCGUCCUCGCCUCCGAUGUUUUUGGGUUCGAGGCACCUUUACUCAGACAGAUAGCCGAUAAAGUUAGCGAGGCUGGAUACUUCGUUGUGGUGCCUGAUUUCUUCAAUGGAGAUUAUUUAGACUCAAGUAAAAACAUUUCAGAGUGGAUCAAGCUUCACUCCCCGGUAAAAGCUGCCAAAGACGCCAAGCCACUCUUUGCUGCUUUAAAAAAGGAAGGAAAGUCCAUCGGGCUGGGAGGUUAUUGCUGGGGUGGAAAGUUCAGUGUGGAGAUGGGAAAAACCAGUGAUGUUAAAGUAGUAUCCAUUUCUCAUCCUUAUAUUGUGACUACUGAUGACAUGAAAGAGGUUAAAUGUCCAAUCGAGAUCCUUGGAGCUCAAUACGACGAAGUCGCACCGCCAAAACUAGUGUACCAGUAUGUGAGUGUAUUGCGUCAUAGAACAGAGAUUCCCUACUACGCCAAGGUCUUUCCAGGAGUUGCACAUGGAUUUGCUUGCAGAUAUAAUACCACCCACCCUUUUGCUGUCAAAACUGCUGAGCAAGCUCUUGGUCUAAUGAUCGACUGGUUUGACAAGUACUUGAAGUGAAGACUUUCGGAAGUGCCUAGCCAUGCACGGUUGUUCAAACUAAAUAAAUAAAAGAGAUUAUAUGCAAUUGCAACACCUAACGUAUAGUGAACAACAAGACCAGUGCGUGCUUUCUUGUGGGUUUUGAAAGAACUUCCUGGCUCAAAUACAAAAGAUCAUAAAUGUAGUUUUGUGCAAGUUAUACUACUACUACUAUGUUUUGUGUCUAAUAUCCAUCGUGCACGUUCAUAUGCAUAUGGUAGUCUAUUGAACAUUGUUCUAGAAAUGGUGGGCAUAGCUAUAUAUGGUUUGCACAAGAUUAUUGUUGCA